AUGGUUCAUAAAAACAAACAAAUAGAAAAUAUAGAAAAUCAAAAAUAUAAUGAUAUUGUUAAGGUUGCAAAAAGCUUUGAUGUUUUUAAUAGUGGAAAGAAAUCAAGAGAAUCGCUAAUAGAAAGAAUAAAACAAAAGCAAAAACAAUUAGAUGAAACAACAACAACAACAACAACAACAACUACUUUAAUUACAAAUAAUGAACCAAUGGAAACUGAUUCUACCACAAAAAUACCUAAAAAUGAUAUUGAAAUAAAUAAUAAUGAAUUUUCAACAAAUUCUAUAAUUAUUUAUCAAAUAAUUAAAUAUUUGGAUGUUGAUGAUUAUCAUUCAUGCGAGUUAGUUAAUAAACAAUGGAAAAAUGUUUCAAAUAAUAAUAAGCUUUGGGAAAUAUUAUUUUUAAAAAAUAUUUUACAAAUAAAUGACUUUAAUAAUGAAAAAUCAAUAUACUCAAAAGGUUGUUUAAAACAAUCAUUUAACAAUAUUAACAAUAAUUUAAAAUUUAAAGAUUUAUACAAACAAUGCUUCCCACAUCACUAUAAUAGACUUUCAAACUUUAAUAAAUUAAAAAAUAUUGGUAUUAUAUCGAACAAUGGAAUUUAUUCAGAUAUAGAUCAAAUACAAUCAAAUCUAUCAAAUAUAUUAGAAAAAGAAAACAAAAAUAAAAAAAAUAAGGAUAAAAUAGAUAUUAAAGACCUAUUAAAACAAAUUUCAAUAGAUAUCUUUAGUAUUAAAUCAUCUUUUUUAUUAGAAAAAAUAAAAUCUGAUCAAAAAGCUCUGACAUUUUUUCUAUCAGAGUAUUGUAAUACUAAGUCAAAAAAUGAUGAACUUGGAUUCCACCAUUCCAGAACAUUUCAAAUUUUGAUAUGCAUACCAAAUCAAGUAAAAUCAGUAUUAGAUGAAAAUCAAAUGGUUACAGAAUAUUCAAGAUUUAUUAAAGCAACAUUUAAAUUAUCACAUUUUUAUCAUUGUGAAGAUCAUUUUCACAAUGACGAGAGUUACCAAGCAGGUUUAUUAAAUAAAGAUUCAUUUCAUCACUUUCAAACAUUUGAUAUUGAUGAACCAUCAUUUUCAACAUCGAAAAACCAAGCAGAAUUUAAACUAUACAAUCCAGAACCAAAAAAAAAUGACACUAAUGUCUCAGCAUUUGAUUAUUGGUAUAGUAUAUAUAAUAAAGAUGAUCAUCUAGAAAUGGGAUAUGAUAAAAUUAUUAAAAGAAGCUAUAUUAAUGGAUUACACGAAUUUACAAGAAAUACAUUUUUGCUCGAUGGAGAUACCAAUUACGAUCUAUGGGGUUUUUAUCAAAGGGCUAGACAAUCCCUUAGAUUUUCAAAUUGUUACAACUAUAAAGAAAUAUUUUCAUCAAUCGAAACUUUUAAAGAACAAUUUAAAAAGAGAAUAACUCAAAUUAAUAGAAGACCCAAUAAAGAUAUAGUAUAUCCAGUGGAUAUUAUACUACUUUUAGAUAACAUCACAUGGAAAACAAAUCUUUAUUUUAAUUAUUUACAUGGUCCUAGUCCAACAGCAUUAAAAAAAGAAAAAGAUCAUUUUGAAUUAUUUGAAAAAGAUAAUUUAAAAAACUUUAUAGAAAAAUCAUUCAUUCGAGAAUACUCUUGUUCAAUUAAUGUUUCUUAUUAUCACCCUGCAAAAGAAUCAACAUAUUCAUUCGAAUUUAUAAUACCAUACAAAGAUCAAGAAAAUGAAACCAAAAAACUUUUUCUCACUAUACACCAAAAUAGCACAAAAGGAUAUGAAACAUAUUUCCACCGCUUUUAUGACUUUUCAGUUCAAUUUCGAAUUCUUGAUAAAAAUCAUUUAAAUACUCCGAGAACUGGUGAAAAUUAUUCGCAACUAUUCGGUCUCUAUAUUAAUGAUGAUUAUAAAUCUGAAAAUAAAUAUGAAAAAGAGCUUAUAUCAGAAAAAGAACUAGAAAAUAUUAAAUUUACAGAAUUUCUUUCUCUAUUAUUCAAAAAAAAAUUUCCAUCAAUCAAAUUUAAUCUUUCAAACUUAUUGUUAAUGGCAAAUAUGGACAAAUUUGUUGAUUAUGUUGGUGAAAAAGGUGAAAUAAGCCCAUCAGUUUCAGAUUUAAAUGGUUGGAUUGAUCCAUUUAUCGAAAAAGUUUUAAAUGGUUAUAUUUUUUAA